AUGCGCAAGAUAGUAUGGGAGCCGAGGAAUAGGACCUUGGAGCAAGGGAGAUCGGAGGAGGGAUUGGUGGAAGCAGUGGUGAAAGAAGGAGGGUUGUUGGGAGAAGAAGGGUUGAAGCAGCAGUUUUCAAAUGGUGGUGAGGAGGAGUUGAGGCGGUUUAUGGUUCAAGAGGUAACCAUCUUGAAAGAUGCAGGGGCGGGGUUUCUUGUCCUGGUGUGUGGUUUCGGGAAAGGCAUUGGGGAGCAGAGUUCGAAUGCUGCUGCUGUUGUGUGGCGGGCACUGCAGUAUGCGACUGGAGGGAUUGAGGAGGAUUUGACAAGAGAGCUGGACACAAGUAUCGACAACACCAGCACCAGUUUUAGCAGCAGCACCGGCAGCAGCAGCAGCGCAAGUAGCAGCAGCAGAAGCAGCAGCAACGCAUCUACCAUCUCCUCCCCUCUCCCAUCCCACAUGCUCACUCCAACCACCUUUGCCACUCCUAGCGACUCCCGAGCCUACUUCACCUCCCUCCUCUCCUCCUCCGUGGAGAAAAUCUCAGUCAAGGCCGGUGCUCUUCCCUACAUUCUCUCACCCGGAUUCGGCGAAUACACCGACUGCGUUAUCGGCAUUUCAGCCCAUGCUCCCUCCUCUCCUGCCCAUGCUCUCUCCUCUCCUGCCCAUGCCCCCUCACCUCCUGGUGACUCUUCAGGAUCUUUGGAUAGGGAUGAGCCUUCUCCCUCGGUCCGGAAAGGGCUGGAGUGGGGUGAACCAGCAGUGAUUUCGAUCUUUGGGCCGAGAGGCGAGGUUCGGAGGGUUGUGCCCGUGCUUUGUCCUGUAGCGAGGGAGGCGGUACCUGCCGCGGCACUCGAAAAGGCGAUAAGGGAGGAGGAGGACGUGAGGGGAGGAAGGGUGGUGGUGAUGCGGCAUGGGCGGUUUCAGGAGGGGGAGGUUGAGUGCGUUCGGAAGGUGUUGGGUAGGUUUGGAGCCCGGGGGACGUUUGUGGAGGUGGGGGAGAGUGGGCGGUGUAGGUUGUUUCGAGCUCUGCCUCCCUUCGCUGAGUCGAUGCCGGCAGCAGCAGCAGAAGGAGCACCACCAGCAGCAGCAAAAGGAGCAGCAGUAGCAGCAGCAGCAGAAGGAGCAGCAGCAGAAGCAGCAGCAGCAGCAGCAGCAGCAGCAGAGGAAGACGUGUAUUUCCCUCUUAGCAACACCAGUGCAGCCUUAGUGGCAUCAUCCAUAGCACGCGGCAUGCCUCAGCCCAUCUCAGUGGAAAUUCGGGAAAACGACCUGGGGUUAUGUUUACAGCAGGUGGUGACGGUGGUUGCUGGGAUGAGGAGGGUGCAGCAUGGGGCAUUGGGGAAGGCUAAGCUUCCUGGAGCGAUCCACUGUGCUGCUGCUCGGCAAUCUCAAUGUGGUGCUGCUGGGCAAUCUGAACGUGCAGCUGCCCAACGCGUGGCUGUGGGACAUGGUGGACGAGUUCAUCUACCAGUUCCAGUGGUGCUGCUGGGCAAUCUGAACGUGCAGCUGCCCAACGCGUGGCUGUGGGACAUGGUGGACGAGUUCAUCUACCAGUUCCAGUCCUUUUGCCACUUCCGGGCAAGAGUGAAGAGCCGCACGGACGAGGAGAACGCAGCACUCAAGCAGUGCGGCAAUGUGUGGAAUGUCUAUGGUGUCCUGAACUACCUCCAUGCGCUCGUGGCGAAAUCCAACAUUCUCGCAAUUCUCGACGACGAUUCGGAUGGAGGAGCAGCGGCCAUGUUCCUGGCCACGGAGGGGUAUGACAUGACCGGCGCGGGGGGCAGCAACGUGGAGCGAGUGUUGGGGUACCUGUCGCUGGUGGGGCUGCUGCGCGUGCACUGCCUGCUGGGGGAUUACCACACUGGCCUGGUGAAGCUGUCUCCCAUUGAUGUGGGCCGGCCGGGCGUGUUCCAGCGAAUCACGGGCUGCCACAUCACCGCCAUGUACUACUACGGCUUUGCCAGCCUUAUGCUGCGCAGGUACGUGGACGCCAUAAGGGCAUUCAACCAGGUGCUGCUGACGCUCGCCAAGGCGAAGCAGUACCACGAGUCGCUCCCGCAAUACGACCAGAUCCUGAAAAAGACCGAGCAGAUGUUCGCACUUCUCGCCAUCUGCCUCUCGCUCUGCCCGAACGGGAAGCUUCUGGAGGAGAGCGUCAACGGGCAGCUGCGCGAAAAGUUUUCGGACAAGAUCCAGCGGAUGCAGCGCGGCGACGAGGCGGUUUUCGAUGAGCUGUUUUCGUUCGCCUGCCCGAAGUUUGUCACGCCUGCCCCUCCGGUGGAGGACGGUGGGGAGCUGGUGAAUUACAACCAGGACGCCUACCGCCUGCAGCUGAAGCUGUUCUUGGCUGACGUGCGCUCCCAGCUCGCCCUGCCAGGGCUGCGAUCCGCUCUCUCUCUCUACUCCGCCAUCUCCCUGCCCCGCCUCUCCACCUUCCUGGAUGUUUCCGAGACCACCCUCAGGACUGCGCUGAUCACCCUUCGUCACAAGAACACCGUUGUGGAGGGGGAUGGCUCGGUGCUCCCCAAUGCUGAGCUGGACUUCUACAUUGAUGAUGACUUGGUCCAGGUGGUUGAUCGCAAGACCACGAGGCGGUUUGGGGACUAUUUCAUCAAGCACAUUCUCAAGUUUGAUGAGCUUGCAGGGCAGCUUGAGAACCCUUCAUUCUCCCAAAUCCCGCCAACCUCGAGAACCCCGUGUUCCCCCUCAGUUCCCCAAACAUUUCCCAACCCCACUCAUCGCCGCCUUCUUCCCCACCCCCCGCAUCCCCCACUCCCCCCACCUUCCCCACCCUCCCCCCCAACUUGUUUUGUCCCCUUCACCUUUCUGUCCGCUCCCCGCCUGCUCGCUCCUGCCUCUCCGCCUCCUCCCUCGCUCCACCUAAAAUCAGCCAAAAUGCCGUUCCGGAGAUACAUGGAGGUGGGCCGGGUGUGCAUGGUCAACUUCGGCCCCAUGUACGGCAAGCUCGUCGUCGUCGUCGAUAUCAUCGACCAAAACAGGGCCCUGAUUGACUUCACGGGCAUGGAGCGCCAGCAGAUUAACUACAAGCGUCUCUCGCUCACGGACAUCACCAUCGACAUUCCCAAGGCCGCCUCGAAGAAGGAGCUGCGCGCCGCCAUCGAGGCCGGUGAGGUGCAGAGCAAGUGGGAGGCGAGCUCGUGGGGGAGGAAGCUGUUGAUCCAGAAGAAGCGGGCGGCUCUAACCGACUUCGAGCGUUUCAAGAUUGCCGCCGCCCGCUCACAGAAAGCCAAGGCUGUCAAGAAGGCCCUUGCUUGA